AUGUCCAAGCCGCACCCUGGACAGUCUGCAUUCCAAAUCCCCACCCUCACCAUGGCUAAAACAUUGCAGAAAGUGCACAAGAAGAUCUCCAAGAAGAGGGGUAAAGUCGACUCGCUGAAUGAAAACAGUCGCGAUGCUCAACGACUAAGACGGGCGGGUGCUCGAGACGAUCGACUGUCCCGCCACGCCAAAACCACCCUCAAGGGCAGACAGCCGUACAUGGAGAGGAUCGGACACCUUUACGAUGCGGUGCAAGAUACAGAAAAGCCGCUCUCAGACCAAGAAAUGGCUGAAUUGAUAGUCCAAUACAUCAACCGGGAUGCCGACGAGAUCGAGCAACUCCAACAAGAACGGCGCAAAGGGCGGCCGCCCAGCAAGCGGGAGGAGACGCUCAAGCUGCGGACGGAUACGGAGGAAGGGGAAUUCCGGACCGGGUUCUGGAUGCCAGACCUGGGCAACGGAGAUGUGCUCGCAGCCCUUAAAUCAUGGAAUGGAGACUGGUCCGGUUUGAGCACGCUGAAGUUUGUUCGAUUUACGAAAGACGGAGGAAAACAGACGUCAAGCUUUCCUCCCAAGGGCAUGUCAUGA